AGCGACGCAGCCUUCGGUGCAGUCGUCACUCCCGUCUGGGUACCGGCUCCCCGCGGUCCUGCGCCGGGCGGGCUGGCAUCGGGCCCGAGGAAAGCGGAGCAGGUUUGCGGGUGUAGGUGUCAAGUGUCGUGGCGGCGCACUCACGGCGAGAAUCGGGAGGAGGAGACAGCAAGGAUAGGCCCAGAUAGCAGAGCUCUGAAUCCUGCUGAUCAGUGCACCAAGCAUUCAGUCUCUCUCCUUGCCUUUGUCUUACUUGUGUUCAAAGAAAAACAACCAGGAAAAAAAAAAUCUCAUGGCAAAUAUCCACCAGGAAAACGAAGAAAUGGAGCAGCCCAUGCAGAAUGGAGAGGAAGACCGCCCUUUGGGAGGGGGAGAAGGCCACCAACCUGCAGGAAAUAAUAGACGGGGACAGGCUCGCCGACUUGCUCCAAAUUUCCGAUGGGCCAUACCCAAUAGGCAGGUCAAUGAUGGGAUGGGUGGAGAUGGAGAUGAUAUGGAAAUGUUCAUGGAGGAGAUGAGAGAAAUCAGGAGAAAACUUAGGGAGCUGCAGUUGAGGAAUUGUCUGCGUAUCCUGAUGGGGGAGCUCUCUAAUCACCAUGACCAUCAUGACGAAUUUUGCCUUAUGCCUUGACUCCUGCCAUUUUCCAUGAGAUUAAUACUGUGAUUCAACACUGUUUUCUUUUUCCUUGCAUUUUCCUGAUAUACCUUUAUUGAUUCGUUUGCUGUGAACCUUAUGUAAUUUCCAUGUGUCAGGUGGGUUCUGUGUUACCAGAUUCCAGUUGAAGAUUGCCUUGGCACCCAGUCUAAGUUUCUGUCAACAGUAGAGUCAUCCAGUUGCAUGAAAAAGUGUAAAGUUAAUAAAGCAAUUAAAAAGCAA